AUGACUUCCACCUUUUUCUACCAGCUAAUGAAAGGACAGAUAACUGCUCCUAAGACAAAGCUUAGCACCACAACAGCAUCUCAAAAAGUGGCUAUCAAACAUAUUGUCAUCCUCGUACAAGCUAUUAACCAUCCUCAAGAGCGACAAUUAAAAGCAAGCUUUAAAAUUCAGUUCUCCUUGUUGUCUCGAUACAGGAGCUACCCCCGUCCUCAUGAGUAUCUGGACGUCUCUCAGCUGCCCGAGAGCUGGGACUGGAGGAACGUUAACGGAGUGAAUUACGCCAGCACCACCCGGAACCAGCACAUCCCGCAGUACUGCGGCUCCUGCUGGGCCCACGGGAGCACCAGCGCGCUGGCAGAUCGAAUCAACAUAAAGAGGAAAGGUGCAUGGCCUUCUGCCUACCUCUCUGUCCAGAACGUUAUCGAUUGUGCUAACGCAGGGUCCUGUGAAGGUGGAGACCACACGGGUGUUUGGAUGUAUGCCCACGACCACGGCAUUCCAGAUGAGACCUGUAACAACUACCAAGCUAAGGAUCAAAAAUGUAAGAAGUUUAACCAGUGUGGAACUUGCGUUACCUUUGGAGAAUGCCAUGUGAUACAGAACUACACUCUCUGGAAAGUUGCUGACUAUGGCUCUGUCAGUGGAAGGGAAAAAAUGAUGGCAGAAAUCUAUACUAAUGGACCAAUUAGCUGUGGUAUAAUGGCUACUGAAAAGUUGGAUGCUUACACUGGAGGACUUUAUAUGGAAUACAACCCCUCACCCAUGGUGAACCACAUAGUAUCUGUGGCUGGUUGGGGGGUGGAAAAUGGAACAGAAUACUGGAUUGUCCGCAACUCAUGGGGUGAACCUUGGGGUGAAAGGGGGUGGCUGAGAAUUGUGACAAGUGCAUACAAAGGAGGAAGAGGAGCAGAGUACAAUCUUGCUAUCGAAGAGGACUGUGCAUAUGGAGAUGCUGUACUUCCUUGAGUCUACGUUUGUACAUCUUUCUAUUUAGGAACUACUUGGUUUGAAAGCUUCCCAACACAAUCUUUUUGUUUAAAGAAUAGUUGAAAACUCUUUCACAGUUCAGCCUAACCAGGCAGUUCUGCAACAUUAGUCCAGAGAGCAAUAUACAAUGUCUUGGAAGUAAAAUAAAUCCAGAGCUAAGACCAGAGGCCAGCUGCCUUUAGAUAACUUUAAAAAAAAAAUACAGUUCAAUUUAUCCAUGAAAAAGUUUAUCUGCCUUGAAGCACAAUAUUUAAACCAUGUCAACUUACUCACAGAAACGGUACGGGUAAAUCUGUGUGUGUAUAUAUAUAUAUAUUUUUUAAUACAAAUUAUGUAGAGGUAUUGGGUAAGAAAAAUGAACUCCUUAAUUCUUCUGUCUAGAGCUUAUACUAAAAUCAAUGAAAACAUGACAAAACCAAGGAAAUACUACACAACGAUGUAGAUGAAAAAGCAAAGCUAUGUCUGGAUGUGAUAUAUUCAGAAACUAAAUUCCAUGUUGUUUCCUUUGCCUCCUGGUGAAACACAGUAUUGUUGCUUGUUAGUCUUGUGUAACACAGUCACUUUUACCUAACUAGAAGUGACGUAACAAGAACAACUUUUGAUCAAAAGUUUUUAAAUGAACACUUACUGUAGGGUUAUUCACCAAUCUCUGCUUUACUUCCUUGCUUUCAUAUCUGACUGGCUAUACUAUUUUUCUCCUACAGGGGCAAAGUAUAAAUUAUGUCUGCCAUGAGCCAGAGCUCUUUUCAUGCUCACUCAUAUGAGGAAAGGUAGCAAGUUCUCUUGCUUAAGCCUGAGCCAAUUAUUAAGUGACAAUCAGUGCCCUAACAGUUGGCACUGAACAGUUUAAUAAACUGACAUUUUAAUUCUA